GCAGAGAAAUUUCCCUUUAAUGCCAAAUCUUUGAAGAACCUCAAAUAAGUAGUGCCAUUCCACCUUGUCAAAUGCCUUUUCGGCAUCCAGUGACAGAAUGGCAGUGUCAUUACAUCCAGAGUUUUCAAAAACGAUGUUAGGCACUCUACGUAUAUUAUGGAAGCCCUGUCGUCCAAGAAUAAAGCCGUUCGACCAACAUGAAGAUUGACAUGCAACAUCUCCGCAGAAACACCAAGUAUCACGUCAAAGUGCGGGCGAUCCCCGUGAAGCUGCUGAAGGGUUUCUGGAGCGAGUGGAGUGACACGUUUACAUUUAUCACACCCACAGCAGCUGCAAGAGACUCAAACGACAGCUGGGAAGUGAGGUCUGUGCCAACACUGGGUCUUGUCCCCCUGGUGGCAGUGAUCAUCAGUGUCGUUUUCUUCUGGAAGAAAAAAAUCUUCUUGUACAUGUGGCCAAACAUCCCACAUCCCAAAGACACACUGGUGCACAUCUGCAAACCCAACCCACGCCACCUGUUGAACUUCAAACCGGAAGUGUUCAGUGUCCUCAGAGUUUCCCCGCUGCUACAGACAGAGAUCUUCAGUUCUGACCUGGUCCAAACUACUGACCCCGUCCACUCUGGGGGCUCCGCUUCUGACCAGGUACCAUCCACAGACCCUGUCCAGUCUGGGUCCUUCAGUUCUGUCCAAUCUGGGUCCUCGAGUCGAGCCGACACUCUCUGCUCCACUCAGACAUCCGACUGCAGGAGUGCCACCAGCAUCAGCUCAGAGGAGCUGGAGCUCGCAGCCCUGCUGGGUCGAGGUUCCUCCGACAGUGAGGAAGACCUCCAGAGCACCAGUCCUUCACCGCUCCAUGUCAGUGAUGGAGCCGAGCACAGCAGUGGAGCGGGCCAGCAGGAGGAGGCCUACGUCACCAUGUCCAGUUUCUACCAGAGCAAGUAGAACCAGGGGGGUCAGACCUUAACCUCUUGACCUCUCCGAUCGUGACCUCUAUGAAUGACUCUUCUAGAUUUAUCCUGAGGAGCAGGAUGAACCUCGUGGUGCAGUGACGUCAUUGUCCCAAGUACAAUCCAUGAGUUGUU